AUGGCUCCGGGAGGUAAAUGUGCUGGAAAGGUGAUGAAAAAAUCGUCCGACAAGGCCCAAAAGAACAUCGCCAAAUAUGACAAGAAGCGCAAGCCAAACAGGAAAGAAUCAUAUGCCAUCUACAUCUACAAAGUAUUAAAACAAGUACACCCCAACAUCGGCAUCUCAUCUAAAGCCAUGAAUAUCAUGAAUAGUUUGGUCAACGAUCUUUUCGAGCAAAUUACCGACGAAUCUAGUCGACUGACUCACUACGACGAACGUUUGACAAUCACCAGUCGGGAAAUUCAAACUGCUGUCCGAUUAUUGUUGCCCGGUGAAUUGGCUAAGCACGCAGUCAGUGAGGCUACCAAAGCUGUCACCAAAUACACCAAUUCAAAAUAG